AUGAUAAAAAGUGUAACAAAUACCUACAGGAAAAAUUCAGUGCAUUUUUCCGAUAACAAUCGCUACAUGUGCACUGGGUUUGACCCAAGGAAGAUUUACCUGUUAGGUGAGAAACAUUCCGGGUUGAAAGCUAGAGGGGCUUUGCAAAAAUUUGACGAAAUAAGAGACAAAUGCAUAGAAAACAAUGUGCUUUUCGAAGAUCCCCAAUUUCCUCCACAGAAAAUCGUACUCGGAGAGGCAGUAGAAAGAUACAGGAACCAAAUUAAAUGGUUGAGACCUAAGGAUAUAGCGCAAAAUUGCAUCUUCUUCGAGGAAGGAGAACAUAGAUUCGACGUGAAUCAAGGAGAAUUAGGAGACUGCUGGUUUUUGGCUGCUCUAGCAGAAAUAGCUCAAAACCAGAAAUGCCUACAAUUCAUCGUCCCUGAUGACCAAAACAUGACCGAUAAAUACGCCGGAAUAUUCCAUUUCAGAUUUUGGAACUACGGACGAUGGAUAGACGUUGUAAUAGACGACAGACUACCUACCAUCAAUGGAAAUUUAAUAUUCGAUCGAUACAAAGACAAAAACGUCUUCUGGACUCCGCUAUUGGAGAAAGCAUAUGCAAAGCUAUAUGGGUCCUACAAAAACAUAGAAGGCGGCUUCAUAUCGGAAGCCCUGGAGGAUUUCACCGGCGGUUUGAACGAACUCUACCUAAAUUUACAGGAUUAUAACAAAGACUUCUUCGAGAUGAUGCAAGUUUCCUAUAACAGAAAAUCGUAUAUGGGCUGUGGAAUUUUAACGAAUUCCGGCGGAACUGAAGGCGAAAGAGACGACGGUUUGUUCUCAAGCCACGCUUACAGCAUCACCAGCAUCGCCGAAGUAACAGCAAAAGAUGGUACUAUCUACAAAUUAAUCAGGCUCAGGAACCCCUGGGGCCAAAAAGAGUACAACGGAGAUUGGAGCGAUAACUCCCCAACGUGGGAUCUCCUUCCAGAAGAUACCAAGAACUCGCUGUUAAGAAGAAAAGACGACGGGGAAUUCUGGAUGCAAUACGAAUAUUUCAUAACAGCCUAUAAUCUUCUGGAGUUUUGCCAUCCUAAUCCAGACUCUUUGGCUUAUAAUCCAAGCGAAACCCACCAGUGGAAGUGCUUUAUGCUCGACGGCGCUUGGAUAGGAAAAGUCAGCAAUGGAGGAACACCAUCGAACAGAAAUUUCUACUUGAAUUCCCAGUACAUACUUACCAUUAACGAGAAAAACCUCUCUGCUAGCACACACAAAGUGCUGAUUGGAUUGAUGCAGAAGAACAGGAGGCUCUUUAAUCUGCCUGAAUUGCCGAUAGGAUUCGCCAUAUAUUCGUUGAAGGUCCCGGCUGAAGGUCCUCUACCGGCCAAUUUCUUCUCUUCCAUCAGACCCGCGUACAUUCGCAAAGCGGAGUUCAACAGGCAAGUCGUGGGGCAAUUCGAUCUACCGAAUGGGAUCUAUUGCAUCAUUCCCUUCACGGAGGAUGCUCGAUCGAGCUGCGAGUAUUUGUUGAGGGUUUAUUCCACUGUCGAUUUCAGCGUUGGAGAAAACGAUGUGGAAGUUAGGUUUAUAGACAAGAGCGCCUCCGCAGGAAUGUACGAUACAGUAGAUGGAGUUUCAGCAGACAAAGCGGUUGGAGAAGUGUUUGCUAAUAUGGCCGGGGAAAGCGAGGAAAUCGGCUGGAAAGAAUUGAAAUCCAUCCUGGAUUUGUUGCUAAAGCAAGAAAAUCGCGAGUUUUCCAAGGAACUCUGCAGGAGCAUGAUCGCCCUGGCCGACAGCGAUCUCUCCGGCAAGCUCAAUUUCAACGAAUUCUACCAACUUUGGGAGCAAAUCGGAAACCUUCGAGGCGUAUUCAGAACCAACGAAUCGGAAAAAUCCUCCGCACUUUCCACCACCGAAUUGCGAUCCGCUCUAAAAGCCACCAAUCUUCAAAUCAGCAACAAAAUUCUCAGACUGAUCAUUCUGAGAUACUCCGAUGACAACGGGGAAAUCGAUAUGGAAGAUUUCUUACAUUGCUGCAUCAAACUGAAGAUUAUGAUUGAUAAUUACAAUUCGGAGAAGAAGCGCGGAUGCUCGUUGGAAAAAUGGCUGUUAGAUACGAUUUACACUUAA